UUGGCCAGUGAAGAGAAGAGAGCCCCGCAAUGACGAGAUAAGCCUUAUCGCUCAUUUUGGGAGGGGGGGAUCGGCGUAUUUGUGCUAUUUUGUGGAGCCUUGAAGAAGCACGCAGGCUGGGCUCGAAACUCGAACUGCUGCCGUGCGUGUGCGCGCUUGCGUGUGAGGUUUGCCUAGAGGGACGAUGCCCGGGUGUCGCCACUAGCGCUGCAUGAAGAAUCGGAGCCUUGGAAUUAUGGAAGCGUCCGAUGACUUGUCCCGCUCCGACGUGGCAGGAGAAGCGGAAAUCCCAGAGAAAGAGGACCACGGCGUCAUUCCGUCUGCUACCCGAGAGUCCUGCGCGGUGGGAUUAAGUAAGGGAAGCCUCGCGGAGACGCCCGGGUCAGCGGCGGGAGCGGACGCCGGCGCCGCGCCGGGCGGCGUGACUCUCAAAAUGGCCGCCACCGUCCUGCACCCUCUGUGUUUGGGAGAGAACCCGCUGAUGUUACCCAUCCACCUCCAGAUGGCGGCGGCCACCGGGCCACAGCUGGGCCCGAUGGGGGCGGCGCCCUACUUGCUGACGAGCCCCAACCAGGUCUCCCUCCCGCUGGUCUUGGAUCCCGCCGUAAUCCCGCAGAACAACAUCCUGUGUCCCAAUCCGUUGUCCUUCGUGGAGCAGAAGUCGGUGGCGGGACCCCCGCAGGACCUCAACCUGCUCUCCCUCCUCCAGAAUCCCGCCUUUGCCACCAUCCUGCAGGAUCUUUUCCCGUCCCAGACCGGUCCCGCCACCUGCCACUCCCCGGGCUCCCCCUUCUUUCCGCCCCCAUACUCGUCCCCUCUGGCCCCGCUAGUCCCUCCCGCCACUCUCCUGGUCCCGUACCCUGUCAUAAUCCCGCUGCCGGUUCCUCUGCCGAUCCCGCUACCCAUCCCCGUUCCCCAGACGGAGGACUCCAAGACCAACGUGCCAAAAGCAGUCCGCACGGAAACCAAAAGCACUCAGACUCUCCAAGAUCUGGACACGGUGCCGCAAAGCUCGUCCCCUCAAGUCCUGGACCUGUCCAUGCGAGGACCGUGUACCGUGGAACCCAAACAGGAGUACCUCAGUCCACAGCAGCAAGACAGCGUGCUGGACUUGUCGGUGCCCGCCGCCCGGAAGCACCGCGCCCCAUCACGUGGUCUCGGCCGCUCUCUGGAACGUAGCGCCAGUCUGGACUCUAAGAUCCUGGGUAGUCUGGCGUCUCUGGAGUUCAGCCGGCAGCACAAGUGGAUGUUGGACGGCGGGGCGGGGGGGUCGGCUUCCCUGGGGCCGGGGACGCCCAACCUGGAGAUCGUCAGCACCUCGCAGACGGCCAAGGUCAUCGUCUCGGUGAAGGACGCCAUCCCGGCCAUCCUGUGCGGGAAGAUCAAGGGCCUCUCGGGGGUGUCCACUAAGAACUUCUCCAUCAAACAAGACGGGAGCCAGGGGAUGCCGGCCCAGCUCUUCGGGGUGCCGCCGCUCCCGCCGCCGCUGUCCCAGCGCGGUCCCGACGACGGCCUGAAGAAGGUCCCCGCUAAAAACCGAGCCAUCAAGCUGAAGAAAGUGGGCUCACAGGAGAUCCACUUCCUGCCCAUCAAGAAGCAGAGACUGGCGGCGCUCUUUCCCAGGAAGUGAACGGCAAGCCCGCCACGAGCGCAACAAUCACUGGAACACACUGGUUACACUUAAGCAGGGUUUGCUCAAGGGCUUUUUCUGUUCUUUACGUACGCCUUACGUCCACAUUAACCGCACCGCGGGAUAUAUUUCAGUGUUUCCCGGCCUUGAUUGAGCCAACGCACGUACACUCACAAAACCUUCCGGAUAUUGGGGGCGAACUUUCAGACUUCACCUAAAAUGCACUAUAAACAACCUUUACUUCAUUUGAUAUUUGUCAACAUUUGAAUGCACGUCCAACUGUUGAAUCUUUUUUGCACAACUUGCAAGAUGCUCAACGUAAAAAAUUCACAACAGGUGUUCCAUCCGUGAACAUUUCCAAGGAUGUUGACACCUAUGCCUUUCUGUGACUCAAGACUCUUCCGGUCUUUGGUCUGAAGCUUCGCCAUUGCGAGAAGACAUGGAAAGGUUAUGGUGCAUUUUAGGUUCAUCCUGAAAUUUCCACUCAAAGCUUUUUCGUGAGUUGUGUAUUUCAGUGUUUCCCAACCUUUAUUGAGCCAAGACACAGAAGAAAAAAAACCAAUCCAGACCAAGGAAGUGAAAUUGGGUAAUUGCCCUCAGCAAAUCCCCGAUGAUCGGUUGGGAAUCACUGAUCUAUUUGACCGGGUCGGGAUCAUUUACGCCUUGAUCUUUGAGAAAGCCCAUUUGACAAGAACUGUUAGCGUGUGGCAGCAUUUUUUUUUUUUACUAAUCCCUACAAGUACACACACAAGUUGUACAUUUUGUAGCCUAACGGAAAAGUGUACCAUUGCAAUGAACAACAACAACAACAACAAAAAAACGUCUUGUGUAUUUUUGAGCACAAUUUUGUUUGCGUAUUCCCGAGGCCAUUUUGAUUUGAUUCCACGCUGUUAAACUGUGUGCGUGCGUGUGUGUGUUACAAUUAGCGUUAGGAUUAGCAGUAACGCUAAAUUAUCUGUUCGUUUGUUUAACUUCCCGAGUGCACUUUGUGGUAGUAGUUUUAAAAAAAAAAAAAGGUGACAGGGUUUUGUGCCUGUUGAAUUGUGAUUUUGUUUAAGAACAAAUGAAAGCCUUUCGCACGAGCUCCAUAUUUAUUAUUAUUGUUAUUUAUACUGUACAUUUUUGUAUGUGUUUGAUCUAAACAACUUGGCUAAUUUAUUGUUUGUAAAAUAAAAAAUGUAUACAGCGUGUGGAAAAAGUGACUCGCUGCGGCGACGCCUGACGGGACACACCGAAAGUCACGACAAAAACGUCUUCACAAAGCAUUCUUUGCGUGUGAAAACUCUUUUAAUAAAGUUCUUUACACCCAA